CGAAACAAAACCGCCAAAACUAGGACAAAUAAUGAGAUUAUGUUAACCGCAACACACAAAACCACUAUAUAUUAAUGUAUACCACUAUAUCAACAUGGCCGGAAUUUAUCCAAGGGAGGCGGUGCGCGUAAAAGUGAAGAAAUGCGAGCCCACCUUACCCCCCGAGUGGCGCAAAUUUAGUGUGGAUCCGCAGAUAACAACACUGGAGGUGCUAUACUCCUUGCUUGCAAAGGCGUUUGACAUCAAAACUGACUUCUCCAUCAAAUAUAAGGCCUAUGAUCCUGCUGGAAAUGAAAUCUAUUUGGCCGUGCUCUCCGAUUGGGAUUUGGAUGCCGCCUUCCUGCGCAUACACAAUAUAUCUAUACAAACAGCGUCGGAACCAUGCCUGAUAUUACAAAUCGAUGUCAAGCCCUUUACCUUAGUACGCGACUGCGAAUCGGAAUCGCCAUCAUCGACAAGUCGGGCAAAUAGCAUUGCUGGCACCACUACUGUGCCCAACGCACCUAUUGGUGGACCGUCCGGAUCAGCUGCGCGGGAUUUGAUGUCGCCGCUUCAGUCACUGGGCGUCUCACAAAAAUAUGUGCAGCAUAUGCAAACGAAGUUACCGGGUUUAAUCAUGAACCAAAUGGAAAAAACGUUCUCAAUUGUGCAGAAAGCCUUUAAUCUGUCUGAAGAGACGAUGGCAAACCUUCCACCACGUCCACCUAUGUCUGACAACGAGUUUCGACUGUUUUUGGACGCCUUGGGCCAAAUUCAGCGAAAUGAUGAACUGCGAAAGGUAAUCUUUCUCGGCGGCAUCGAACCGAGUCUACGACGUGUCGUUUGGAAACAUCUGCUGAAUGUGUAUCCCAGUGGCAUGAACGGCCACCAAAGAAUGGAGUUCAUGCGCCGUAAGUCGGAGCAUUAUUACAAGCUUCGCGACACUUGGAAGGCUGCAAUAAAACGCGGAAGCGUAGUUGGUGAGCUUGCUUACGUUACGAGUAUGGUGAAGAAAGACGUUUUGCGCACAGAUCGCUUGCAUCCAUUUUAUGCCGGCAACGACGAUAAUCAGAGCAUUGCCUCUUUGUUCAACAUUUUAACCACGUAUGCACUGAAUCAUCCGACAGUCAGCUACUGUCAAGGGAUGUCGGACAUAGCAUCGCCACUGUUAGUCACUAUGAACGAUGAAGCUCAAGCUUAUAUUUGCUUUUGCGCGAUUAUGGCACGUGUAGGAGGAAACUUUAUGCUGGACGGCAUCGCAAUGACGCAAAAGUUCACACACCUUACCGAGGCAUUAAGUUUUUAUGAUCCUGAAUUUUGGGAUUACUUAAAGUCGCAGCAGGCCGAUGAUUUGCUGUUUUGCUAUCGCUGGCUUUUGCUUGAGUUAAAACGAGAGUUUCCCUUUGAGGAUUCAUUGCGAAUGUUGGAGGUACAGUGGAGCUCUCUGCGCUAUGACGAUAGAAGCGGCGAUAAAGAGCUUCCCCUGUUUGAAAAGGAAUUUGUUCCCUUCGUGGACGCAUCAGCCCCAAACAGCGCUAGCACAUUUUCCGGAUCAUAUAGUGCCACGCCAACAAGUCCCUCAUACCUGCUGACGAAACCUCGCGAGAAUCCAUACACAAAGGUGUGUGCCCUGCGUCGCCAGAGCUCAUCGGCAUCGCUUAGCUCAUUGAGCUCCUCGCUUGGUGCCAGUAACCUCGCCCUUAAUGCCUCAAAAUUGGACAACUCAAAACGACUGAACCACAGUCUCGAUGACAAUAUGUCACGUCAUGCAGCACGCAGGCAACGUCGCGCCUCGGCAAAGGCGCAUCAGAGUCUGGAUGAAUCAAAAAUGCUGGCACUAAUUGAAGGCGCCAUGGAGAAUACAAAGUCAUCCCACGAAUUGUCCGCCAGCGAAGACACGGACGAUGACGUCUUUGACAAGAGAGAGCGAGUAAGUUCGACAGCUUCGCCUCCAGAGUUCCACGAGACAAAUCCUUUCAAGGACGACGCAAACCAAAAUGUUGAGGAAAUAGCAACGAAGCCUCCAACACGCGCUUUUCUCUGUAGUUCAUCGUCGUCGAACAUGGAGGAGGAGUGCUCCACAGCUCAGGGAUUUGCUAAACGGCAACAAACCAACAUACUUACGAAUUACAGCACUGUAAGCAAUAUGAUAGCCAAACAAUUGGCAUCGAAUGCCAGCAAUGUUAGUGAGAGCGUUAAACGCGUAAGCAGCUCAAGUGGCGGUCAUUUUAAGGACCUCAAGGAGAAAAUAGCGGCGACCAGUCGCAUGGGCAUCUCGUUCGAUGGCGAUACCGAGAACAAAAAUCCGCCUAAACUAGUCAAGAAUUUUAACGAGUUUCUAAACUUUGCAACGAUCAAUAAAAAUCGCAUAUCUGAUCGCUUUGCCAAUCAACUACAGAUAAGCGAAAAUCAGCACCAACAACAACAAUCAGUAAAGCCAACAUCCCCAAAACAUCAACAGAUUAGCAAGCCUAUUGUUCAGCUUACCAAAACCGGAUUUGGGACGUCGCUAGAUGAGUCUGAUUCCUCCUCCAUUCCAGAGACCACCUGGAGCGCAUCGACAGCAGCAACAGCCAUACAACAGGCACAAAAUUUAAGCAAUUACAGCUUACAGCUAGAUCUGAAUUCCAUAUCGCCUAUUUCGGAGCAAACACCACCGCAGGCACAGCUACAAGAAACACAAAUUGAUGAUGUAAUUGGAAGAGAAGAAAGCAGCACGCCUGACCAAGAUCAAGAAUAUUAUCCAAUGACGACAGCCAUAACACGCGAAUUACGACUGGAUGCCGAGAAUUUGGAUCGCCAGGUCUUUGGGGUGCCAUUUACGGAGAAACAAAUGCCAGUUCUCGAUGACAUCGAAUAUGAGAAACUGGGAAAGGACACCCUUGACAUGGUGGACGACCUGAAAGAGAAUGAAAUUAUAACCUGCCCCGAUGUCAGUGAGCUCCAUAUGCGACGCAAGCAGCGUCUGGCAGCCAAAAAGAGCAACAGUGUCCAACAGCAAAGCGAGUCGCAAUAUCAAAUGAAUCCUUUUAUCGAUGAAACUAUGCUGCUAGAGGAUGGCCAUCCAACGCUUGGCCUGCGAAACAGCAACAGCCUUCCCGAAGUUAUAAUGCCCAUCUCAACGGAACCUAAUUUGGAGGUGCCGACUCUCAUAGAGAUUGGCACCAAUGCCGAUGAUGAGAGCGCCUUCACUCGAUCGCCGCAAAAGUCGGAAUUAAAUGGUUUAAGCAACACGACUACGGCGCUGCCACCGCCCCGUGAAUUCGGCGGUGGCAAUGCGUUCCUUAUGUUUCUUUGCCUUACAUUGCUGCUUCAACAUCGUAAUACGAUAAUGAAGGCGGGUAUGGACUACAACGAGAUUGCAAUGCACUUCGACAAGAUGGUCCGUAAGCACAAUGUGACGCGCGUCUUGAACCAGGCGAGGCGCAUGUACAUCGACUAUUUGCGACAAUUUCACCAGUAAAUUAUAAAUAAGUUUUAUAUAAGAAUUAAUUCAACCUAAACUGAGAAUGGUAA